AUGGCUGACGUGGACGCCGGCGGCGAGAUCUCCGCCCUGGUGAUCGACAAUGGCUCCGGGAUGGUCAAGUCCGGCUUCGCCGGCGACGACAGCCCGCGCUGCGUGUUCCCCUCCAUUGUGGGCCGGCCCCGCCACCAGGGCGUGAUGGUGGGCAUGGGCCAAAAGGACGUGUACGUCGGCGACGAGGCCCAGGCCAAGCGCGGCAUCCUCUCCCUGAAGUACCCCAUCGAGCACGGCGUCGUCAUCAACUGGGAGGACAUGGAGAAGAUCUGGUACCACACCUUCUACAACGAGCUGCGCGUGGCCCCCGAGGAGCACCCCGUGCUGCUGACGGAGGCCCCCCUCAACCCCAAGCAGAACCGCGAGAAGAUGACGCAGAUCAUGUUCGAGACGUUCAACGUGCCCGCCAUGUACGUCUCCUACCAGGCCGUCCUCUCCCUGUACGCCUCCGGCCGCACCACGGGUAUCGUGCUGGACUCCGGCGACGGCGUGACGCACACGGUGCCGAUCUACGAGGGCUACGCGCUGCCGCACGCGAUCAUGCGCCUCGACCUCGCCGGGCGCGACCUGACGGACUACCUGAUGAAGAUCCUCACCGAGCGCGGCUACUCCUUCACCACCUCGGCCGAGCGCGAGAUCGUGCGCGACAUCAAGGAGAAGCUGACCUACGUCGCGCUCGACUACGAAACCGAGAUGGCCACCUCCAUGUCCUCGUCCCAGGUGGAGAAGUCGUACGAGCUGCCGGACGGGCAGGUGAUCACCGUGGGCACGGAGCGGUUCCGCUGCCCGGAGGUGCUGUUCAACCCGUCGCUGAUCGGCAUGGAGGCGCAGGGCAUCCACGAGACGGCGUUCGGGUCCAUCAUGAAGUGCGACGUCGACAUCCGCAAGGAGCUGUACGGCAACAUCGUGCUGUCCGGCGGCACGACGAUGUUCCCCAACAUCUCGGACCGCAUGUCGCGCGACAUCUCGUCGCUCGCGCCCACGGCCAUGAAGAUCAAGGUCGUGGCGCCGCCCGAGCGCAAGUACUCGGUCUGGAUCGGCGGGUCGAUCCUCGCGAGCCUGACGACGUUCCAGCAAAUGUGGGUCUCGAAGCAGGAAUACGAGGAGUCGGGCCCGUCCAUCGUGCACCGCAAGUGCUUCUGA